AUGGAUUCCGAAGUUUUCUUUGAAAGUCGCCCCAAAAAGAGAACUUUAGAUUCUCCCACCGAUGAUACCCUGAAUUCGCCCGUUGUUAAACAGCCGAAUACAAAUACCGUUUCCAAUACAAAUACAACAUCAAAUAAUUUACUUGGUAAUACCAGUUAUUCUAGUAAUACAGGUUUGAAUGGUUUUGAAACGAUAAGGGUAAGUAGUAUAGAGCAGGAAGAAUAUUACAAUGUUGACCAUUCUACUGAUAAGUCGUCUUUGACAAGACAGUUUUUGAACAGUUUUCUGGUUGAUUUUACAGAGGAUGAGCUGGCUGCCAAGCGCACUGUCGAAACCAUUUACAAUGCCAGCCGCUCUUUCUCCUACACAUAUCGCAGUCUACACGAAGCUUUUUUCACAAAAUCCACACAAUUAACCACACUUUUGCCCUUCGUUAAGGCAAUCUCCUCAGUAGCUGAUACAGCUAUUCUACUCUCCACAAUGAACUCCAAGAACUCCUCCACCAAUACUAAUACCACUAACACUAGUAACAAUAAAUCCAGCACUAAUGCUAACAAUGUUAAUGGAAAGGUGGAUCCAGUUUCCAGUGGAGUGCUGAUGAAUUAUGAAUUAAUAAUGUUGGGGAUUUUCCGUAAAUUUUAUUUAAAAUUGCAUGAAUUUGAAAGUUUGGAAGGUAAUAGGACCUGGGAGAAGGUGUUAGAGCUGAUGGAAGCUCUGUUGAAGGACGGAGUUUUUAAGGAAUUGCGCGGUUUGUUCAGUCAAGUGUAUAAUAUAGAGCAGAUGAACUACGGAGAUUUUAAACGUUAUUUAACUGAUUUUAGACUGUAUUUAACUCACUUACAGGAUGAGUUAUACCCUAAAAGUGGGAAUAAACGCAAAUUAGCCUCAGUUUCAGAGAGUUUUUCACUCCAAAACUGCAUUGACUUUAUAAAUUUCAUAAAUCGCGAGCUGGACAACUUGAGAAAACUGCUUCUCAAUGUUGUUAAGCAUGUCAUGAACACACCUGUAACUGAUUCUCUCACCUCAAUCCUCAAUAAACUCUCGAAUAAUUUUAAUGAUCCUGAUAAGGCGAACUCUGCUAGUGGUGGUAGUGGUGGCCAAGUGGAGGAUGAAAAGUGUAUAUUAAAGUGUGUAAAUAUGUUAUUGGAGGAGGAAUCGCUGUUUUACGUAGUAGACGGUCAGAUAGAACAUAAUGUAAAUAUGUGUCUGGAAAAAUACAAUAACAUGUAUAAGGCGUACGAGGAGGAAGUUAGGAGGCGUUCUGACGCAGUAUCGGAGUUUGAGAAGAAGAGGAAAUUUAAACGUGACUCGGUACAAUAUGUUCUGGACCGCCUUGCCGAGGUUAAUUCGCCCACUCUUGCAAACAACUUUAAGAACCCGUUUUACACUGUCGGGCUCUCCCCAAAAUUGUGUACUAAGGAAUCCUUCCGCAAGUACGCAAAGAAGCUGAAAAUGCUUCUACAUCCCGACACUGAACAUGAUGCAGACUGGAAGCAAAAGGCUGAAAAGGCAUUUAAAGAAGCCUCUCUAGCACUCGAUCAGUGUGUUAAGUUGCUUGAAACUUUCUCAGCCUCACUUUACAGAGUUGGACCAGCUCCGCCAUAUCUCUCACAUCUCAACAUUGUCCUACCUCCAAACAGUACAUUUUACACUUCUACCAGUAGUAACACUACUACUAAUGAAAGUACCCCUAGUGACGAGGACACAAAGGCGAAAGAGGUCCAGUUAGUAUAUUUUCCAGAGUUUAGCCUACGUUGUGAUGAUCAGAAGGUUGGUUCUUUGUCAGUUGAGGUUGAUUUAACAUCACUGGUGGAUAGGAAAAUAUGGCAAAGUAUGGGUAAAAACAGGCAAAUAAUAAUGUAUGUGUUACGACCACUUCAUUACGAACCUUAUACCAUACAGUUACCAAGUGAGAUGAUUAGUUCAACUCAGAAGUUGAAGUUGACUGACAACCCUAUUAAUAAAACCCCAAUCCUUAAGGUGGAAGCGGUGCAGCCAAUAAGGUUUGGCACUUCGUGGAAGUACUUUGUGGGAGUUAAGAUCUCUGGUGAGAUGGGUUCAACACUCGUAUCUUACAAAUCCUUGUUUAUAGAAUUACCUUCAAAGGGGAGGACGAUUAACCACAUCACUAAGCUUCUGAAGACUUUCACCAACGCCUCUUUCAUAGACCAGAACUCGCUUCAACUGAGGCUCAACGCCGUUAAAGAAACUAACAGUAAGGCUGAAGCCGAAAAAUUCCUGAUUGAAUGCACAAAAUUGGCACAAAAAUGGGCAGAUGAAAAUUAAUAUUCUUACCAUACA